AUGAGCAACCAGGAAUCUGCCCCAGCACCCUUAGCCGCUGAUCACAGCACUCCUGUACCCAACCAGACUGGAGUCAUAGAUGGGAUGAUCAGCACCAGUCGUGUUAAUGAAGACGGUAGAGCGCAGCGUCGAACCGGUGGUCCUGGGGGCUCAGCUCAGACGAUACCAAGUCGCCGUCGAGCGGUUUCACGUAAGUCGUCACCUAUAGACCGUGCUCGCGAGACACUUGGAGAAGAGACUGUCCGUCAACUACAACAAAUUUACCGAUCGUUGGAUUCUACAUGGGGAGGGUCCGAGCACGACCAGGCUGAAGAUUGGAGCUUGAAGAAGGGUUUCCAUGCUCACAUCGGCGUCCUAGGCAAUAUUUUGUGGAGCCGAAGAUUACGUGGAAGUUACUAUGGGAAAGAUAUAAGAAGAAAGCAGAGGAUGCUGAGCGAAGAGUAA